UGCAUCCCUCCUUUGAUCAAUACAUAUAGCUUUCUCUCUUUCAGUUAUCAUGGCUAAGAGACAAUCUUUAGCCAGCAAACAUGGUUUCAUGGCUUCAACAAUGCUACUCUUCAGCCUUCUAAUGGCCAUCUUCUCCACCACAAGUGCCCAAAUUGGUGUUUGUUAUGGCAUGCUUGGCAACAACCUACCGACCCGCCCAGCUGUCAUAGCUCUCUAUAACCAAUACAACAUCAGAAGGAUGAGACUCUAUGAUCCGGAUCAAGCUGCGCUCCAAGCCCUCCGAGGCACCAACAUUGAGGUCAUGCUCGGCGUCCCCAACACUGAUCUCCAACGCAUUGCCGCCAGCCAGGACAAUGCCAACGCUUGGGUCCAAAACAACCGGACGGUGAGGUAAUAUCUACAACGUUGAAAUCUUAAUUUGAUUUUUUUAUUUUGAUAAAAUGUUUUUUUUCAA